AUGUGGCUCUUACAUUAAGCAAGUUUGGCCAUCCCCGAAAUAGGCAGAGAAGGCUGAUAAGGUAAAUAGGCAGAGAUGCCUGCUUAGAAUCGCAUAGUAAGAGGGGGAAUGAAAAUGACAACUGAGAAGAGACUGAGCAUAAGUAUGCAAAUACCUGAAUGGGAGAGGGCUUACUUGCCUUAAAAGUGAGUGCUUGAGUGAAGCAGGAUGCUGGCCCAUUUGUCUAAUACAUUGGCACACUUCCUGUCUGGUGAACACCUUUGAAGUGGGCGUGCCACGUGGAGUCCCUGGUUUCUCUCUUCCUCGGUGAUAUUGGCAGAACCACAUUGUGCACUGUCAGCGGUAGCUGACCGCCGACCAAAGAGAUGGACGAAAAAGAACAGAAACAUCAUCGCAAGAAACACAGUGGGCCCAAAGCGAACAGGAAAAAGAAGCGCCAUUUGACAGACCUUGGCCUUGAAGAUGAGGAGGACGCCAGGAAGAGAAACCCAAAGGCCUUUGCGGUCCAGUCUGCGGUGCGGAUGGCCAGAACCUUUCACAGGACUCAGGAUCUGAAGACAAAAAAACAUCAUAUUCCUGUGGUCGACCGCACUCCCUUAGAGCCACCGCCAGUGGUGGUGGUGGUGGUUGGCCCCCCGAAAGUAGGGAAGAGUACCUUGAUAAGAUGUCUCAUUAAGAAUUUCACCAGGCAGAAGUUGGUUGAAAUUCGGGGCCCUGUCACAAUUGUCUCAGGUAAAAAACGCAGACUGACCAUAAUUGAGUGUGGAUGUGAUAUUAGUACAAUGAUCGACCUGGCGAAAGUUGCUGAUUUGGUGUUGAUGCUCAUCGAUGCCAGUUUCGGCUUUGAAAUGGAAACGUUUGAGUUCCUGAACAUUUGCCAGAUACACGGCUUUCCGAAAAUCAUGGGUGUCCUCACGCACUUGGAUACUUUGAAGAAUAACAAACAGCUGAAGAAGAUGAAGAAAAGACUGAAACACAGAUUCUGGACUGAGGUGUAUCAGGGCGCCAAGCUGUUCUAUCUCUCCGGCAUGGUACACGGAGAAUAUCAAAAGCAGGAAGUCCACAACUUGGGACGCUUCAUCUCAGUGAUGAAAUUCCGGCCGCUCACAUGGCAGACAUCUCAUCCUUACGUUCUGGCAGACAGGAUGGAAGACCUGACGAACCCAGAAGUUGUCCGAGUUAAUCCGAAGUGCGAUAGGAAGGUUUCGCUGUAUGGCUACUUAAGAGGAGCGCACCUGAAAAACAAAAGCCAGAUACAUAUACCAGGUGUCGGGGACUUCACAGUGAGUGACGUCGCUUUCCUGCCAGACCCCUGCGCUCUUCCUGAUCGCCAAAAGAAGCGGUCCUUGAACGAGAAGGAGAAGCUGAUCUACGCUCCACUGUCAGGCCUCGGAGGUUUAGUCUAUGACAAAGAUGCCGUUUACAUAGACUUGGGGGGAAGUCAUGCCCGGCGAGACGGGGAGGAGGAAGCAAGGCCGAAUCAUGAGCUGGUCCAGAGCCUUAUCUCCAUGCAUUCCACCAUUGAUGCCAAGAUGGCUUCCAGCAGAGUCUCUCUCUUCAUGGAUUCCAAGCCACUAGGAACUGAGGACAUUGAAAACCAAACGAUGUUUACAAUGCCUAAAGAGGAGAAGAAAAUGGACCCUCACACCGGGAGGAUGCGUCGGAAGGCAGUGUUUGAAGACGAAGACGGGGAAGAUGGGGAAAGCGAAGAGGAAGAGGAGGAAGAAAUGUCCGUGGAGGAGAACGGGGAGGAGAGCGAUAGUGAGGAAGAAGAGGAGGAGGCUCACAGAGAACAAGGCGGUCGAGAUCUGGGAAAGGAACCAGCUCCGAGAACUUGCAAGCGCUUUAAAAAAACAGUGGAACAGGCGACUCCUGGAGAACUGCCCGCUUUUGCCGACAGUGAUGACGAUCUGGAGGUGAGCUCAGGCGACGAAGGAGAAGCUGUCCUUGAUGAGAGCAUGGAAGAGGCAGAUGGAGAAGGACAAACAAGCGACGAGGAGGAGGGUACCGAUUCUGGACAGAUGGCCAGAAGUGCAGAUCUGUUCGGUCGGCCCACGCGCCGUGGAAUUGACAAGAGAGGCAGAGUACCGGGAAGCAAUGGGGAAAAGGUAGCUCUCACCACAGAUUCUGGAAAUGGCACAGCGGAAGAAGUGUCCGGAUCCGAAUUGGAUGAGGAGGAGGAAGGGGGAUCGGUGGAAGACUCGGGCACUGAAGAGUCUGACGGAGAAGAUGUUCCAGAGUCCCAGGCGCAGAGCAUUGGAAAUAAGAACCCUGAAUCAAAGUCCAUAAAGGAGGAGGAAGAAGAUGACGUUGAAGGUCUAUUGAAAGAGGAAGAGGACUAUAAAGAAGCGUCUGACUUUUCUUUAGAUACAGCUGGUGCACUGAAAUGGAAAGAAGACCUUACGCAAAAAGCAGCGGAAGCAUUUCUGAGACAGCAGCAGUCAGCUCCCAGUCUCUGUAAACUUGUUUAUGGGACAGUGGCUGAGGAUGAGGAGGAUGAAGGUGAAGCCGGCGGGGAGCUCGGAGGGCUCUUCCGUGUCAGUCGGCCCGACAACGAAUCCAAGCGAAAAGCCAACGCCCUUGACUGCUCCAAAUUCCCGGUGGAAGCCCCCAAAGAUUGGGACUUAGAUGAGGUUAUGGACAGCAUCCGGGACUGCUUUGUGACUGGAAACUGGGAAGCCGAUAAAGACGCGGCCAAACUAUUGAAAGACGACGAAGAGCUCUAUGGUGAUUUUGAAGACCUGGAAACAGGAACCGUACACAAAGGCAGGCCGGAUGAUCAAGGAGAAGAGGCAGGAGGCGAAGAGGUGAAAGAGGCGGGCGAGGGGAAAGGAGGCGAGGAAGACGAGGAGCGGCAGCAGCAGCAAAGGAUGGAUAAGAAGCGGAAACUGAAGGAGAUGUUUGAUGCAGAGUAUGACGAGGGGGACGCCACCUACUUUGACGAUCUGAAAGGGGAGAUGCUGAGACAGGCCCAGCUUAACCGGGCUGAAUUUGAAGACCAAGACGACGAGACCAGGGUUCAGUACGAGGGCUUCCGGCCUGGGAUGUAUAUCCGCGUCGAAAUUGACAACGUCCCCUGUGAGCUGGUGCUGAAUUUUGAUCCCCACUAUCCGGUCAUCUUGGGAGGCUUGGGAAACACGGAAGGAAACGUGGGGUAUGUGCAGAUGCGCCUGAAGAAGCAUCGCUGGUAUAAGAAAAUCCUGAAGACUCGCGAUCCUUUGAUUCUCUCGCUGGGCUGGAGGAGGUUUCAGACCAUUCCCAUGUAUUACAUCGAGGACCACAAUGGCCGCCACAGGCUGCUCAAGUACACGCCACAGCACAUGCAUUGUGGAGCCUCUUUUUGGGGGCCUAUCACUCCACAAGGGACGGGAUGUCUGGCAAUCCAGUCAGUCAGUGGAACAACACCUGAUUUUCGGAUCGCCGCUACUGGAGUUGUGCUUGACUUAGAUAAGUCAAUAAAAGUUGUGAAGAAAUUGAAACUGACUGGCUUCCCGUUCAAAAUUUACAAGAAUACAGCAUUUAUCAAGGGGAUGUUUAACUCCGUGCUGGAAGUGGCCAAGUUCGAAGGUGCGGCCAUCCGGACCGUGAGCGGAAUCCGUGGACAGAUCAAGAAGGCGCUGCGGACGCCUGAGGGGGCUUUCAGGGCCACCUUUGAAGACAAGCUGCUGAUGAGUGACAUCGUCUUCAUGCGGACUUGGUACCCUGUAUCCCUCCCGGCCUUCUACAAUCCGGUCACUUCCUUGCUGAAGCCUGUGGGCGAAAAGGAUUCUUGGACCGGAAUGAAGACGACCGGGCAGUUGAGACACGAGAAGGGUAUCCGGCUAAAACGAAACAAGGAUUCCCUCUAUAAGGAAAUCGUACGAGAGAAGAAGCAUUUCAAUAAACUGCACAUCCCCAAAGCCCUUCAAAAGGCCCUGCCGUUCAAGAACAAACCGAAGUAUCAGGAGAAAAAAGGCAAGAUCACAAAGGACAAGUGGAGACCUGCUGUUAUCAGAGAGCCUCAUGAGAAGAAAAUUGCAGCCCUGCUGACAGCGCUGGGCACGGUGCACAACUACAAGGUGAAGAACGCCAAAACGAAGCAUCGGCAGCAGGUCAAGGAACACCUGAAAGUGAAGCAGAAAGAGGAGGAAGCGAAACUCAAGCGGCAGAAGGAAGCAAAGAAGAAGCUUUUCCGGAUCAUGGGGCAGAGGGAGAAGAAGAGGCUCAAGUCGAGCCUGAAGGGGUCAGCAGAAAGAGAGAAGUGAGGAAACGAGGCAUCUGGCUCUAGAGUUCUCAAAGAACAGGGAAAAAGAAACUCUGAAAUGGUGUCUUGGACUCCCAUGUCUUGGAGGAAAGAAAAGACAUGAGCAAAUGCUGGAUGGGAACACCCAGCGCAAUUUGCUCCAAGAACUCCUUUGUAAAGCAUCCAUUAAAAUAUUUUGAUAUUGAGUAUUGAA